AUGGGAGGAAACAACAAUUAUAGAAAAUCAAAGUCAUCAUGGUCUGUUUUCAACAUUUUCAAAUCUAGCAGUAACAAACAAAGAGACGGAGGAUACUAUGAUCAUGCCGCUUAUGCUAACAAAGUUUGGCCAAGUGAUGAAGAUAGAGGUAAUUGGGGCGUAGCCGAUCCUGUCAUUGACAUGAGAGCUACAGCUUUUAUUGCGCAGUACAAAAAACGAAUUUCUGACUCUGAAAUUCAUCACUGUCAAGUUCAUCCUGACCAAUAG